AUGGAGGGAUUCAAGCUGUAUCAUUACAAUCCCUCUGCUGGGGCUGCAAUUGCCUUCACAGCCCUGUUUGGCCUCACAACCAUCGUGCAUAUCUGGCAGCUGGGUCGAAACCGAGCAUGGUACUUUAUCCCGUUUUUCAUCGGUUGCCUCUUUGAGACACUCGGUUAUCUGGCGAGAUACAUCAGUGCAAAGGAAACCCCGGACUGGACAACAAAACCGUACAUCGCACAGAGUCUCAUGUUGCUUUUGGCUCCCGCCUUCUUUGCAGCUUCCAUAUAUAUGAUCCUUGGUCGUAUCAUUCGUCUAUUGAACGGGGCUUCGUGCUCGCUGGUUAGGCCAUCAUGGUUAACCAAGAUAUUCGUCACGGGUGACGUGCUUUCAUUCUUCAUCCAAAGUGGAGGAGGUGGCCUACUCGCUACUGCGAAAACAAAAUCGAAGAUUGACCUGGGAAACAACAUGAUCGUCGUUGGACUUUUCGUGCAGAUUGUCUUUUUCGGGUUCUUCAUUGUGGUGUCUCUGGUUUUCCAUCGCCGCAUGCUCAAGACGCCCCUCCAUGCCGUGGGCGAUACCGGGCUUCCUUGGGCUCGCUACAUGAAACUUCUCUACGUUGCUAGCGCUCUGGUCAUGGUCCGGUCGAUAUACAGAGUGGCAGAAUAUGUCCAAGGAAGUAAUGGAUAUCUACAGAGUGAAGAAUCAUUUGUCUACAUCUUUGAUGCGACAUUGAUGCUCAUCUGUUGCCUGCUUUUCAAUAUCUUCCAUCCCAGCGGCAUUCUUUCUGGCUACCACAAAGCCCAAGCAGACCCAGAUCUUGAAAUGCUUAAUAACAGCGGGUACAAAUGA